AUGAAGAUCGGAAUAAUAUCUUUGGUGGUUUUCUUCGUGGCUUGCAACGAAGGUACUGAGAUUGCUUCCACGGCUCUUCUCUGUUGGCGAUGCAGUUCCAAUUCCACCGAUGGCGCCUUCUGUGACGAUCCAUUUGAUUCCAGCAAACUUAGUGAACAGGAGAAGGGAUAUACUUACGUGUACUGUGGCUUUCCACCUGGUCACCAAAGCUCCACAUCACGUCCAGUGUGCAGAAAAAUGAAGCAAAGAAUUACUGCUCUUUUCUGUUGGCGAUGCAGUACCGACUCCGCGAAUAGCGCCUUCUGCGAAGAUCCUUUCGAUCCUAGCACUUUUAGUGAACAGCAGAGACUCUGGAGUUACGCGAAUUGCUCCUAUUCAGCCGGUUACUUGAGUUAUUACGGCGACACACAGCCGAGUCCUGUGUGCAGGAAAAUCGUACAGAAAGUCUUCGACAGAGUCGUGAUAUCCCGUUCGUGUUUCUGGGAGGACACAUUAUUUAAAGCAUGUAGUGAUUCUAAUCCUAAACCCUCGUACAUCGAAACGGAAUCUUGUGAAUCUUGCACCAGCGAUGGGUGCAACGGCGCUUCGCAGUACGCUCCAAUUGCCUUUCUGAUGAUUAUUCCCGUCAUCCUGGCCAGGAUGCUUCAGUGA